AUGCCAUCAAAAAGUUAUGGUCUAUUAGCCACGCUGACCGUUGUGCUAAUCGCUGACUGGCCAUGGCCCGUACGUUUUGCGCAAGCGAUGAGCAUCUCCACUGAACGAUCAGGUGGAACCGAAAGCCAACCAAAGCUGAAUGGUACGGGCAGCCCGCUCUUCCAACUGCCCACACAGCUGAACGAGUACGAAGUUUUAGAAGAAUUCGGACGUCUCACAUUGGCUACCAUGAACCAAAGCGUCGAUCCUUGCGAAGAUUUUUACGAGUAUGCUUGCGGCAAUUGGAUGCAGGCCGACUUGGUACCUCCGCGAUCGCGCAAUAAUACAUUUCUGAACGCCAUACAGUAUUCGGUUAAUGAGAUGCUGACUAAGUUUUUGCAAAAUGCAACCGAUCAGGAACUGAAGUUGGAUAAUGCGGAAUCAAAGGCGAAGACGUUUUUUGCAUCCUGCGUGAGUAUGAGCAAAAACAUGUCCAGUGGUUAUAGAUUGCUGUUGGAGAUGGUAGAGUUCACAAUGAAUUUUGAUAAAAAGAAAGAUUCAAAUGAGACAUUUGAUUGGAUCAACGUAAACUUCAUAUCGCGCUAUGGCAUGUAUCCUUUGCUGCCUUUGAAAGUACACUACGACACCGAAAAACGAAUGUUCGGCGUGCAGCUGAGCACAUCUGGCAAGGUGCUUGGUAACACCGACGUCUUAGACAUCAAAAACCUAACAAGAGAUUUUAAUAUUCAGAACGAGAAUGAGCUGAAGAAAUUCACAGACGAAUUUGACCUCGUCGUUGAUUUCGAGAAGAAUCUCACAAUGCAUUCAAACAGACGAAACGAAACUGAAGAGCUCACUUUGGGUGAGUUUAAGUUGAAACACAAGGAUGACGCCUUGAACUGGACGCGUUACUUUGAAGUUGCAUUCAAUGGAAGUGCGAAGAAUGAUUGGAUGAUACAAAACACCAUCGCGAGUGUUGACCCGCUUGUAAACUUUUUGCAGAAAACUAGUUUGGAAACAUUAAGAACCUACUUGAAGUGGCGCACAUUAGCGAAAUUUUAUUACAUAUGGAAGUUCGAAACGAGCGACAAGCUGGUGGACAGCACUUGUCGCGAGCAAACAGGACAAUACUUCAAUUAUGCGCUACUGCCUUGGUUCAUAGAUAAUGUGUACGAUGCCGAUCGGCGCGCAGAUAUUCUACAGCUAGCGAAGCACAUCAAGGAAACCUUCUACGAUUUGCUGGGGAAGUACACUUGGCUGGACGACCAGACGCGUUCGAAUGCGAAAACGAAACUACGCUCUAUGGAUAUCACAGUCGGGUUCUCUGACGAAAUGCGCCAUCGCGACGUCAUUGACAAAGUGUAUGAAGAUGUGGAGAUUGGUGAUAAUUGGUACAAAAACUUACAGACGGUCGAGAAGAAUCGUGCCAGAGUGCGUAUGCGUUCGGUGAAUAAAGCGAUUAUACCGCAUCUAAUGGCGCCGCGCGAUGUGAAUGCUUACUACGCGGAUUUUCUAAAUCUGGUAUUCAUUGGUAUUGGUAUCUCUCAGGCGCCUUUCUAUCACUUCAAAUAUCCGCCCUCAAUCAAGUUCAGCGGCAUUGGCAAUAUCAUUGCUCACGAGAUGGCUCACGGUUUCGAUUCCUACUGUUACCAAUUUAAUUACGAUGGUAAAAAGCAAAAUUGGUGGACGGACGCAUCUUUGCGUAACUUCAAAGAACGAUUCCGCUGUCUGGAGUCGCAGUAUAACAAAUUCGUAUUCCAUGGCGUGCUAACAAAUGGCAGCCUCACUUCCGGUGAUAACAUCGCAGACAAUGUGGGUACGCGCAUCUCCUAUCACGCCUAUCUCAACAGCUAUGGGAAGCUGGAUGGGGACAAGAAAUCCAUACCCGGGCUGAACUUAACCAAUAAGCAAUUGUUCUUUCUAAAGUUUGCACAGACCUGGUGCACCGGCAAAGACGACGUCAGCAAGGUUCGACGCAUGAAGACCGACGUUCAUGCUUAUGAGGAGUUCCGUGUGACUGGAACGCUGCAAAAUAUGCCAGAGUUCAGUGAGGCAUUCCAAUGUAAAUUGGGUUACGAUAUGAAUCCGUUAAAGAAAUGUGUGAUAUGGUGA